AAGAGAGCGAGGGGCUCUAUCUUUUCCUGGUCUACAACACAUCAUCAGCCUUGGAUCGAUGUCCUCAAAGUACGCGAGCGCAUGUCCUGCCGCAGUCCGAGAUAGCUAUUUUCUAUUUCAAGCACCUGCAAAUUGAACUCGCAUUAAACAAAGGCUGACUCGUGUUGUUACAUAUAGGUACUCUGUAAGUUUCUUUAAACUUUGAACUUUUUGUUCGUGAGGCUAUUGACGAGACCAUGGCCACACCGACAACGCUGAUGCCCUCGCCUUCCCUGACGCAUCCACCGCAAAUGUCAAAUUCCACCGGCAGUAACUCUUCAACUGCGGCGUCGUCUUCUCCUCCUCCCCCCUCUCUCCCUGCUCCUCCAACAGUUGUGACUUCGGGACAGAGCCUGUUUCGCUCGGAGCUAUUACCCACCGGCAGUCCAGGGAUCCCGAUUGGCAGCCCACCGACUAAACCGGUGUAUUCGACACCGUCUCCAGUUGAGAACACACCGCAGAACAACGAGUGCCGUAUGGUGGAGGUGAUGGGCGCACGGCUCGCCUCUUUCACGGUCAGCGGGAAGGAGCUCAUCUGUCUGCCACAAGCAUUUGACCUCUUCCUGAAACACUUGGUCGGGGGACUUCACACCGUCUACACCAAACUCAAGAGGCUGGACAUAACACCGGUGGUCUGCAAUGUAGAGCAGGUCCGAAUUCUUCGUGGUCUUGGAGCCAUCCAGCCUGGAGUCAACCGCUGCAAACUUAUCUCGAGAAAGGACUUGGAGGUUCUCUACAAUGACUGCACUAACGCAAGCUCCAGACCGGGCCGGCCCCCCAAGCGCACCCAGAGCGCCAGCGGCCCUGACAGCCCCCACGUCCUGCCCGGCUCCCUGUCCGGACUCAUGUCCUCAGGAAUCAUACCUCAUGCAGGCCUUACGGCGGCCUCCCUCGCAGAGGCCCUGAAGGUGAAGAAGAUUAAACUGGAGGCGAUGGGUGGUUUCCACGGCAGCAGUAACCAUGGAGCAGAGUCAGAGAACGGUGACAUCAGCUCAGGCAUAGGUCUGGAGCUGCCUUUCAUGAUGAUGUCACACCCCCUCAUCCCAGUCAGCCUGCCCCCCGCGUCGGUCACCAUGGCAAUGAGCCAGAUGAACCACCUCAGCACCAUCGCCAACAUGGCUGCUGCAGCUCAGGUCCAGUGCGCACCCUCCAGGAUGACCACAUCCGUCAUCAAGGAGCGUCUGCCGGACAGCCCGUCCCCGUCCCCCUCCCUGGAAGAUGGCCGCCGCUCAGGCAGUCAGGUGUCGUCUCACCAGAGCAGCAGUGUGUCCAGCUCUCCAGCCCUCACCGAGAGCUCGUCGGACAGAACACGUACGACAUACAGACAAAUAAACUGGGAUGUCCACCAGAAUGGCUUAUCUUUGGGUCACGCCCUCUUGGGACUGUCCCCGAGUGGUCCCCCAGGACCCAAGGAAGGAGACCUGGCCACCCACGACAACAGACAGCAGACAGAGGUCAAGAGGUCACCCACAGAGAAAGACGAGAGUCACCUGUGUCCCCCGACACUGAGGGAGAGCUACGAGAGACUCCCACCGUCCAGCCAAGCACUUCAGCUGGGCUUCCCCUCCCCUCUGCUUUUCCCAGAGGGACUCUCAUCUAUCGAGACCCUGCUGACCAACAUACAGGGUCUGCUGAAGGUGGCCAUCGAUAACGCGCGCGCUCAGGAGAAGCAGGUGCAGCUGGAGAAGACCGAGCUCAAGAUGGAGCUCUUCCGGGAGAGGGAGCUGAGGGAGAGCCUCGAGAGACAGCUGUGUGUGGAGCAGAAGAACCGAGCCCUGAUCCAGAAGCGCCUGAAGAAGGAGAAGAAGAGCAAGCGGCGGCUGCAGGAGGCUCUGGAGUUUGAGUCCAAGAGGAGGGACCAGGUGGAGCAGACGCUGCAGCAGACCUCCGGCCAGGCCAGCCCCGCCACACCCAACGAUCCUUCCCCUCAGGAAAUAGAGAGUGACCACAGUGAUGGCAGAACUGAUACAGACAGAGCAAUACAAGCUGGAAGACUGUUUUUAAAGGGUGCUGUGAUGUACUGAGGAGGAGCGGGGUGAUGGCAGAGCAGUGAGAGUGGGUGGAAAGAGCCGCGGUCAGCAGCCCAGAUAAUCACAAAACAGACUGACCCCGCGGGGUCCUGGGCUGAGUGGACACCACAACAACUACAGGGAAUUCAGGUUGCAGCAUAUGGCAGUCUCGACACACCUUUACUAUCCUCUCUAAAGAUGCAAUCACAUCCAACCAAUGUGAUGUGAGGGUUUGAACGGCUCAUUGAGUUUUCUUUUUGAAUACAACCACUGAAAUGUCUUUCUUUUAAAAGGUGAGCAUACAGGGUUUUUUUUUUUAUUUGAAAGAAAACAAUGUUGAGUGUAUUCAAGCCAGUCUUAAAUGAUUGAUCGAUGAGAAUAAGUCACAAAGUUGGGAAGCACUUAAUGUAUGAUGAUAGAUAACCGUGCAGGAGACAUAGCCUCCAGAUGUCCACAGCGUCAUAAUAACCUGGGUAUCCCUUUCCGAUGCUGCCAAUUUUCCUCUGCUGGUGAAUGACUCCUGAAGGUCUGACACCAGAAUAGUAUAAAAGACUUUUCCAGUGUGGACCUAGGGACUGACCCCUGCUUCAUGGCCAGCUCCUCCACUGAAGAACACGUGAGACUGGAUUCCACCAAUGCUCCUCAUUCAGGUGUGUCCUCACCUGUUGGGUUAUGCCCUCUGGACACUAUGCCUUUGAUUCCCUGAAGGAAAAAUGUAACUAUCCUUUGCAUUUAUUUAGCUAUUUAUCAAGAAAGUAUCAAUUAUCUAUUUGACUCUUAACUGUAUUUUUUUGGCGUGUGUGUUUAAUCGUCUGUUCCUUUGAGAGAUUUUGAAGGUCGUUAUGGCUAUUAUUUGUCAUUGUAAAUAUGCGUCCAUGGGAAAUAUGGUGGAUGAAUAUGGUUCCUGACUGUACAUAGAGUAGACCCAACAUGCACUGUAAGCUGUAGAUCUGGUAGUAAAACGAUGAAAACACUUUA